AUGGCUGAUCUUCUGCAAAAAGCUAUUCAGUCGAUGUCACUAGAGGAGGAAGAACCCUUGACCUUGCCCGAUAGUCCAAGAUUCAGAGUCUUCGACGAGAAUGAAACAAGCUUGUUGGGGAGACUAUUGAAUCCUGACUGUCAAUCGAUGGCUAGAAUGAUAGAAUAUAUGCCUACAGCUUGGAGGGUGUAUGGGAGAGUCCGUGGUAUUGCUCUGUCGCGUGACAGAUUUCAGUUUGUCUUUCAACGAGAAGAAGAUCUUGUUACGGUAGUGAAUGAUAGGCCUUGGUCCUACAACCAUUGGGCUAUGGUGUUGGAGCGCUGGAUAGCCAAUCCUCCAGAGAACUUUUUACAAACCAUGUUUGUCUGGAUCCGUAUCAGGAAUAUACCGGUCAAUUUCUUUACGGUAGAGACCAUGUACAAGCUUGCUUCUGAGGUUGGCAAAGUUGAAGAAGUGGCUUAUGAUCCUAAGGUAUCACAUACAAAGGAGUACAUCAGAGCUCUGAUCCUGUUUGAUACAAACAACCCGGCCAAAGCUGCUCGCAAACUCACGGUUAAAGGAGGGACAGUUACCAUUGAGUUUGAAUACGAGAAGAUUCACAAGUGUUGUUUCAAUUGUCUUCGACAUACUCAGGAGAAAGUUAAGUGUCCUUUUAUCAAAAGGGGACCUAACAGAGUUCAUAGAGCGACUGAGAUUCCAAGAAUGGAACAGAGGGCACCAGUCCUCUCAGAACCGGUGGGUGGCCCUCCAGGUUUUCCAGUGCUGUUCCCGGAGUUAUCAGGAGAAGAUCGCAAGAUGGCAAUGCUCUACAUAGCUCAUGCGGAUCCGACUGAACGUCUAGCCAGAAUUGAGCUUGUUAAACAAGGGAUUGUAGAGAACCUGGCUUCAUCAUCUGUCCAUCUGACGCGCAUUACAAAGGAGCUUGAUAAAGGCAAAGGACAUGUAUUCUCCUACACUGAGCUCAUGGAAUCACAGCACUGCAACAAGCACCUUCAAAUUGUGGCUCCGUUACCUUUCAGAGCUGAUAUCAAUGAGGAGGCUUCAGAAUCUUCUGGUUCGAUGUCCUCAGCUAGCUAUGCACCUAUCAACCCGUCGGGUUUUCAGCUUGGCCCUUCUACGGAAGGGCGUGUCACCGGAAGUGUUGGUGUAACCAAAACACAGAGGAGAUGUCCUCAUGCUUGGAAGAGAAGAAAUGCAGGCAAGGAUCUGAAGGUGCCUGCGCCUCUAGCUCUUUCAAACGAGACAGGGCCAUGCCCGAGCUCGAAACGAAAAGCUGUCUCUCCGGAUUUUUCUUCAGAAAACAAAAACAAAAAACUUUCAGAACCUACAGUAGCUUCCAGUUUGAAGCCGCUGCCAUCCCAAUGA